AUGAGUAUCGAGGAGAUUUCGGACGAUGUAAAGGACGUGCGUAUCAGAGUCAUGUUUUCAACUGUGGAAAUACUAACACCUGCCCCAAAUUCGUAUGAUGCCGAGGCUGAGGUGAAUGACGGCGAGGUUGACGUGCCCGAGCGUAUCCAAUCGCGUGCCGAACGCAAGAGCCGCAAGACGCUGCAGAACAUUGGCCUCAAGAAGGUUCCGGGUAUUCAGCGUGUGACUCUGCGCCGUCCUCGCGGUCACCUGUACGUGGUGGCCAACCCGGAGGUGUACAAGUCGCCUGUGUCGGACGUGUACAUUGUCUUCGGUGAGGUGAAGAACGAAGACAUGAGUGCCUUUGCCCAGGCCCAGGCGGCUCAGAUGGCCCAGGCCCAGGCUCAGGAAAAGGUUUUGGCCGAUGCGGCUGGCGGCGCUGCCGAACCCAGCUUCAACGUCAGCGACGUCGCUUCCAAGAAGACGGUUGAAGACGAUGAUGAAGACGAUGACAGCCCGAUCGAUGAGACGGGUGUGGAUGCCAAGGACAUUGACCUUGUUAUGGAGCAGGUGUCGUGCUCGCGUCGCAAGGCUGUCAAGGCGCUGAAAGAGAACAAUGGCGACCUGAUCAACGCCAUUAUGAGUGUAAGCUGA